UCGCUGUGGUCACUCGGCGUCACAACAAUGGCGGAGCUCGGCGGGCCCACGUAUGCCCCGCUCACCCCGGCCAACCCAACUAUUAUUAAUGGGCUGGCCGCCGUGGACAUGCAGACGGGCCAGCACCUGCCCCCACAGCACCAGCAGGUGAUGAGUGGCGGUGAGCACGGCCUGGUGAGCAUGGUGGCCGCCACAGUCAUGCCGCCGCCCGCCGCUACCCCAGACCAGCCCUCCUCGGGCCCAACAGGCGCCGCCCCUGGUGCCCCAGCGCUGCCCCAGGACGCCCAGGCCAACACUGUGGACAGGCACACCUUGGUGGCCGUGCUGCAGUUCCUCAAGAAUAACGGACUCAAGAGGACGGAGGACUUCCUGCGGCAGGAAUGUAACUUCUUUGACAUAGUUGAUGAUGAGAAGCAGGGACUGGGCGGUGACACAGAGGUCUCCAGUGUGCUGUCAGCAUACAAGAGUGAAGGAGACCCAGCCAAGUAUGAGGAUGCAUACAAGGCCCUCCACUCCUUUAUUGAGAAGAGUCUGGACCCAUACAAGCAUGAGGUGGCACAGGUGCUGUACCCAGUGUUUGUGCACAUGUACCUGGAGCUGGUGUACAAUGGGCAUGAAGAGGUGGCCAAGAACUUCCUGGAGCGACUCAAGGGCACGCAGGAGGAGUAUUACCAGGAGGACAUCCACCGCCUGUCCCUCGUCACCAACCGGGAACACAUGUCAGGCUACCAGAUCAUGGAUAACUUCAGAUCAAGUCAGUUCACAAUCAGGCUUUCCCGAGACACCUACUCCCACCUGAAGCGUUUCCUGACAGAGAGUGGCGGAGGGCCUGUCCCCAGAAUCAUCCACGACCGCUUGUACCUGGACGUGUACGAGGGAGUGCCAAGGACCAAGGCACAGGUGAUGGCCACAGCAGGCGCUCAGGAGGGGGAGGCACCCAGGCAAGUCAACAAGGCAAAAAUCUACUAUGGACUCCUGAAGGAACCUGAAAUUCCCAACCUGGCAAUGGAGGAGGAGGAGGGCGAGGAGGAAGGAGACAAGCCCAAGAAGAAGAAGCCCAAGAAAGAUGCAUUACAGAAGAGCAAGAAGAAUGACCCCAAUGCUCCACCAGGCAACAGGAUACCUCUGCCUGAAUUGCGAGACAUAGACCGGAUGGAGAGAGCAAAGGCCUUCCGAGAUACACUGAAACGCGUCACACUACAGAAGGACACUCUACCAUCCAUCUGCUUCUACACCUUCCUGAAUGCAACGGGGAACAUCACAUCAGUUGACAUCUCAGACGACUCAAGCAUUCUGGCUUACGGGACGUCAGACUCUCAAAUUCGAGUUCAGAGCAUCACGCCCAUCAAGUUGAGGUGCAUGAAGUCCGCAGAGCAACUGAGUGACAUCGACAAGGAGGCAGACGAUGUGUUGGUUCGCAUGAUGGAUGAGCGCACAGCUGAGCCAGUGCGCACACUUCUGGGUCAUGCAGGGCCUGUGUACUCUGUUAGCAUGAGUCCUGACCGCAACCUUCUGCUCAGCGCUGGGGAGGACGGCACCAUCCGCCUGUGGAGUCUGCAGACAUGGACGUGUCUGGUGGUGUACAAGGGCCACAUCUUCCCCGUGUGGGACGUCCGCUUUUCCCCCUACGGCUACUACUUUGCCUCAGGGGGACAUGAUCGCACAGGCCGCCUCUGGGCCACUGACCACCACCAGCCCCUCAGGAUAUUUGCUGGACAUUUCUCUGAUGUUGAUGUGGUUCAGUUCCACCCAAAUAGUAAUUACGUGGCAACAGGCUCCAGUGACCGCUCCAUCCGAGUGUGGGACUGUCUCAACGGCAACUGUGUGCGUGUGUUGACCGGCCACAAGGACAUAGUUGACGCAUUGGCAUUCUCACCGUGUGGCCGGUUCCUUGCUUCAGCUGGUGGGGACAAGCGUGUGCUGGUGUGGGACAUGGCACAUGGCCACCUCAUUGCCGAGAUGGCCUCACACACGUCCACCAUCUAUGCCAUUGCCUUCUCCAGGGACUGUAACAUUCUGGCCUCCGGUGGGAUGGACAAUUGUGUCAAGCUGUGGGACUUCAGCCGUGUAAUGGAGGACAACCACGAGGACGACACCAACGUGGCCAACAACCCCGACGUGAAGCGCUGCAACGAGUCUCUCCUGCUGGGCACCUUCCCCACUAAGAACACUCCUGUCCUGGCUGCUCACUUUACACGCAGGAAUGUCCUCCUUGUUGCUGGGCCCUUCGAUGGCUGAGACAAGUUGAAUCAAGUUUCAAAGUCUCUCAGUCCACAGUGAUUCUUCUGUUCAGGUUUUGUUCCUCUACCACUAGUUUGUACCAAUUUGCUGCCUUGAUGGGAUGUGGAUGUGGAAGGAAUCAGGUGAGUGGUGGUUGUCAUUGUUUCAUUAUCGUAGUACAUUGUAACUUCUGAACUACUUGCAUUCACGUAGUCCUUGACCACUAUGUUAAUUAACAAUUCACUUGUGGUGUGGACAGCCAGUUUGACAACCACUCCUCCUUUCCAUAGGUUAUGACAGCCUUUGGCAAAACAUGGACAAAGUGCAAGUCAAUUAAUCUUUCCACAUCAGAACCAGCAUAAGGAAUGUAGGGCAGCAGCCCUACACUGUAAUAAUAGGCCGGACAGGAACAAUGAUAGUAAACCAAGGUUGGUUAACCAUAGAAAUAAUUGAACCAACAAUUAUGACAAAUAAUGUGUUGCAUCAAACUUAUUAUUAGGAUGCAAAUCUGUUUUCUUCAAUGGGUGUCAUAAUUCACAUGACUAGACUAGACAGGUACUUAAAGAAGAAAUUCCUCCACAAUUCCUAAGCAAGACUAUAGUCACAUCUUGGCCUAUAACAAACCUGUGACUUUUCCAUUCCCAGCCCCUUUGACAGAUGAGGGUCAAGCAUUGUCUAGUUCACAGUGGAUAUAGAGAAUUACUCACACACCUAGAGGAAAGUAGCCAAAGAGGGGCCUUACAGCAGCUAGAUUUAAUUUGAAAAAAUUAUUAGGGAGAUAAGCAUGCUUGUGAUGAUAGAAAUAACAGAGAUAGUUACAACAUGCAUGCAUGCAUGCUUGUGAUCUUAGAAACAUGGAGAAAUGGUGAUAAGAACAGGCAUGCUUGUGAUGUAAAGGACUUGAGACCUCACAUUGAAGGGAUGUCCUCUACUAAAGACAAAGAAAGAAUAGUUGGAUCAUUAAAAUGGUUUAUAUAUUUCAAAUUAUAGUACUGACAAAUGUGUACAAAGUUUAAAAAUUCUUUUGAAGAUUUUCAGGGUUUCUGUAUAUAUAUAAAGUCCUCGGUUAAUGCCUUAAUGUCAUUGUAGGAUUGAAUGUUUGCUUGAGUUGUAAUGUUUCAGGUUUCAUCUUUGGUCUUAAGUGAGGAAGCAUUAAUGGAGCUUUAUUUCUCAAGAUUUUGUGAGAAAUUACAUUCAUGUAAAAAUCAAUUACAUUAAGUGAGGACUUAAAUUAAGGUGUACAUACAAUUAUUUAUUAUUUUUCUACUUCAUAAAUGUUCAAAAGUUAUUUUUAGAUACAGACGUAAGAUUAGUUGAUGGAGGAGCAUCGCAUCACUUGGUGUAAGAUUAGUUGAUGGAGGAGCAUCGCAUCACUUCUUGGUCAGUCACUUCACCCAAUAGAAAUUUACAUCUUGCCAUUCCAAACCAUCUAUGUUAUUGCGAGGCUGUGACGUUGUGACAAGCCUUGUGAUGUCCUGACUGGGCAUUUGUUUCUAGCUGAUAAUGCCUUAGUAAAAUUUGUAUAUAAAGU